GAGGCGCGGGGGUCUGUGUUGCUGUCCAAUCACAUCUACUCCGCCAAACCUCUGAUUUCUACGCUGUGUUCUGAAAGCUGCAGUUACUUCUUUUUCUGCUCAAAUCGACCCGGAAGCCUCAAACUGCGUAUGAGUCCGUUGUGAGUCUAUAGGCAAGUCUAUGGGCAAGUCUAUGGGCAGCCAUGUGAAGGCGCUUAUCGUCACUGAGGCGGUCUAGGUAUGGCGCCGUGCUGUCCUCUGUGACCCAAGAGGGGCCGCUCUAGCAACAGAGUCUGCGACAUACUCGUUCUCCCCUCCGCCCCCCCUCCCUCAGCCGGCAUGGCGCUGCCUUUGGGGUUCGAGUUUGAGGAGUCGGUCUUCGAGGGGGGCUGCCGGGAGCGGAAGGGUCGCCCCUCUCUUCCCCCCGCCUACAGCCCCCGGCGGUGCGAGCCCCAGUGGUUUUGUGAGGAAAGAAACUGCGAGGAUGCUGCUGAAAGUGUCAAUAUUAAAAAGUUCAGAGGAGAUCUGGCAUACAAGCAAAAGGAAUUCAAGAAUGCUGCGUGUGAGUAUUCUGGCUGCCUUGCGCUGCUGCCUCUCAGCAAUGUUGCCAUGAGAAGAGAUGUACAGGAGAGCCACGCUCGCUGCUUAGCUCAUCUGGGGAGACACAAGGAAGCCUUAGAGAUUGCAGAAACGUUGAGAAAUGGAGCAACCAACACUGACCAUGUAACAGCAGUACUUGGCCUGCAGCUUGCCAUUUACAGCACUCUGGAGCGCAUUGAGAAAAUAAUUGGGUGCUUACAGCAACUGAUCUCGUUACACCCUUUCCACCCAGGAGACUGGAAGUCGCUUGCUGAAACUUAUGUGAGCUGUUUGCAGUCUCCAGCACCAGUGUCUCUGUCAGAAGCUGAUCUCUUGCAAUGUGGUGGCUUAGGUUUAGAGAACUGUCUCAAGGUUUCCUCAAAUGAAUCCGGCUUUCAGUGUUGCAGAAAACACAGCUGGAGAAAGGACUUCUCUUUGCAGUUUUCUCCCAGAACAAACAACGGCUUUGGAACUUGUGAGGAAGGCCAAAGAGAAAACAGACCUACCCGUGCCUUGGGAAAAUCAGAGAUACGGCACACAACGAUGUUUGAUUCCAUGGGAGAAGAAGGGUCAAGAGAUGUUUGGAUAUAUGCAUGUGCUUCCUUUGUUAGAGCAAGGCUCUUGUUUCAGCUCAUGCAGUCGAAUCAGUCUUCCUUUGCCUUAGAAAGUAACUUGAAGGCUCAGCAGGAAAUUGAAGACAAAAUUACAUCUUUGGGCUUGAAGGGAGAUGUUUUGUCCUUGAUGACUUCGGCUAUGGGAGAGGAUCUUGUCCCAGAAAAGCUCAAAGAGGACAUUCAGGGAGAGGUGAAAUGCUUAAGUGCUUCAGCCCUCACAUCCCUAAUGACUGCAUCCACCGUGGCAUUUGAACAAAAAUGGUUCCAGAAGCUCAGAGGCCGCUUGUCUCACUUGGACUGUUGCACAUAACACUAUGUGGCUGUACUGUUACUCUUGUUGCAUUUUUGUUUUUAUCUUGGCUGUUUAAAAGGACUUGUAUGGAAAUGCCUGAAGGAUGUGCUGGCUGGGGAAGAAUUCCACACUGGAAGCAAGUUCCAUCUGUGAUGGCUGACUUGCUCCAGUGUAGCCCUUUCUGCUGACAUGAGAGUGCCUUGGCCAUAAUGAGCUCAUUGGUAAUGAGCUCAUUUCUACCAAGGGCCUGGUGCAUGCAACUGCUCUGUUACAUGGUAACUGAGCACCCCCAUGCUGAGCAUGACAAACUUCCGUCUCUGGGGUCUUCUGGCUUGUCUUGAUCCUCCAAUGAACCACACUGUCCACUUGCAAAGGGGGUGAAAUGCUCUUCGUAAAAUAAAGAUUGCAUGUCAUUUUUUUUUAAAAAAAACUAGUUUUUCCAUAACUAAAAUAAAAUGUUUUUAUAGCA